GAAGGACUGGAGGAUGAAGUCGGAGUUCCAGGCAUAGUAAUUGGAGUUUCUGUAGAUGGAAAAGAAGUAUGGUCAGAAGGUUAUGUAGGACUCCCUGGAGGACUCCCCGUUUGCUUGGUUCAAAUAGGUUUGGGUUAUGCUGAUGUAGAGAACCGUGUAAUCUGUAAACCAGAAACAGUCAUGCGAAUUGCUAGUAUUAGCAAAUGUCUUACCAUGGUCGCUGUUGCUAAAUUGUGGGAAGAAGGAAAACUGGAUUUAGAUGCUCCAGUGCAAAAAUACGUUCCGGAGUUUCCAGAAAAAGAAUAUGAAGGUGAAAAGGUCACCAUUACUACAAGAUUGUUAGUUUCACAUUUAAGUGGAAUUCGUCACUAUGAGAAAGAUAUUACUAAAGUAAAGGAACAGAAGGAAAAGGCUAACAAAGCCCUUAAACUAGCGCAAGAUGUAAAAAAAUCUAACCGAGAUAAGGAACUGAAAGAGAAAGAAGAUAAAGGAACUGAAAAAAAUGACUUUCCUAAAACCAAGUCAGAACAGGAUGAUGAAGCUAAAGGCCAAAAAUUAAAACCUGUCAAGAAAACAAAGGAAUUUGAACACGAAGAGUAUUAUUUGAAAGAAAAAUUUGAAAAUGUGAUUGAUUCACUGAAAGUAUUUAAAAAUGAUCCUUUAUUCUUUAAGCCCGGAAGCCAGUUUUUGUAUUCAACUUAUGGCUUUACCCUUCUGAGUGCUGUGGUGGAGAGAGCGUCAGGAUGUAAAUUUACAGACUACAUGCUGAAAAUGUUUCGUGACUUGGAUAUGUUGGCAACUGUCUUGGAUGACAAUGAAUCGAUGAUAUACAAUAGAGCAAGAUGUUAUGUUUGCAACAAAAAAGGACGGCUAAUAAAUGCACCCUACGUGGACAAUUCCUACAAAUGGGCUGGUGGCGGCUUGCUUUCUUCAGUAGGUGACCUCCUGAAAUUUGGAAAUGCCUUGCUGUACAGUUAUCAAGUUGGACAAUUUAAACAUAGUGCCAACAAACUUCUUCCAGGCUAUCUCAAACCAGACACGAUUACAAUGAUGUGGACCCCAGUGCCAAACACUGAAGUAUCAUGGAACAAGGAUGGCAAAUAUGCAAUGGGUUGGGUUGUUGUGGAGAAGCAACAAGAAUAUGGCUUUUGCAGACAGCAGCGACAUUACAUCUCCCAUACUGGUGGAGCAGUGGGUGCAAGCAGUGUUCUGCUUAUUCUUCCUGAAGAGUUGAACUCUGAGGUUAUAUACAGUGGGUUAGUGACACUACCCAGAGGAGUAGUUGUUAAUAUUAUUUGUAAUAUGCAGUCCGUUUCCCUCAACAGCACUGCCUUAAUGAUUGCAAAGGAAUUUGAUAAAGACAAAUUGGUUUGAUACUUUGAUUAAAAUAUUGCAGUGUAAGUCUGAAUAAGUGUACUAUAGUAUUGAAAUAAGAACAGAGUUUUAAAAAAAUCAGGGGUACAUGUGAGCUCCAAGAUUGCUAGGAAUCCUCACAUUUCUGAGAGAAUGUAUCAGAUUGUAAAGAAAUUAAGCUAAAUUACUCUUGGUGGUGGUGCUACAUUUUUUGCAUUUAGAAGUCUUCACUCAGAAGAGGAGCUAUAUAGUUGCUAACUUAUGGAAAAAGGAAAAAGGCAUUCUAGGAGAACAGUUAUGCUGAAUAUCACCCACAUAACUCAACAAGGGCUCAUAAUUAAGGAAAACUUGGAUAGAAUCAAAUAAUCAGAACAUGCAAGACUCUGUUUAUUACCAUGUUAUAUUUUUCACACACGUGCUGGCCAAAGAUGUGUUCGCCAGUAUUUUUGAACAGUCACUUUAAAAAUAGAGAUUUCAUUUUUUAAAAACACCGAAUACAAAGUGGUGAACUUCUGUCUAAUUACAAACCCCACUGAAAUGAAACUGAAACUGCUCCCAUGCUAAGGUUGACUGUACACUAGAUUUAAUCAGAAGCAUGUUUUUAGAAGAGUUGUAAAUGUCAAGUUCCUGUUCAAAAUUAGAAAAGGAUGAAACUUAGCAUGGUGACUUACAUUGGUCUUUCAGAGGGCUGCUUUUCUGUUCUGAUUGAACACAAAACAAAUGAGGAUCAGAAUUAAAAUAUUCUAGAUAAAGUCAAAAAAGAGUACUCUUGAGGUCAGUAUCAGAAUUCCCAUUGACUUCAAGAGGAGCAAGGUCACACCCCAAAUGUGUCUCGCUGUCCAAUUCACAAAAAAUAUUGAACCAUGGAUCAAUACCUAAGGGUGCUCCAUUAUAUCUGUGACAGUUCUUGUCUCUCCUUUCCAGAUGGACAUUAAAGAAAAUGAUCUACAUAGGCUCUUAGUAUUUAGUCAACUUUCACUUAAAAAUGUACAUUCUUUCAGAGUCCUCAAUCUAAUUUUGCCUUGAAUAUCUUCAGUAUAGGCAAUUUUGUUCUUGUUUUGGGAGGUUUAGGGAUAUUAAAUUUAGAUUAAUCGAAUAGUCGAUGUGAUUUCCAUCAACUAUUCGAUUAGUCUAUAAGGGCACCUGUGCCUUUGAACUGUAGCAAGAGCCUUACUGGAAGUAGGUUAAAAAAAGGAAGCCCUGCAGGAAGCACUAGACCUGCAAGGGACUCCCACUGGCCCUGCGCUCCCUGCAGCGCCUCAGCCUUUGAAAUGUACAAGAAACCUGCUGGGGCUCUUGUACAUUUCAAAAGGAAGUCCCACAGAGAACACUGGGCUAGCAGGGGAGUCCCCCACUGGCCCCAGCUCCCUGCAGGGCUUUCUGCUUUUGAAAUGUAACAAGAGCCUAUUUCAAAAGCAGAAUAGCAGCAGAAGCGGCGCAAGUGGCGACUGCUUCGGUCCCUGCUUGCAUCGUGUCCUGCUGUGCCUCUAUCUCCCCUGCCUUCCACGGAGAUGGUGCUGGGAGAAAAUGGCUUUUAAGCCCCUGCUCCCUCCCCCUUGCUGCCUCUCUCUGAUAGAGGUAUCAAGGGGGAAGUGAGUAGUCGCAUCACUAGUCGACUGUCUGAUAGACUUAGUUUAUCAGUUAGUCGACUAGUCGCUUGCAUCCUUAGGCAAAUUAUUCAAUUAUCUAAUUAAAACUGUUACAAAAGGCUUUCUAUUAAUUUUUUUCUUAAUUUUAAACAAUUUUGGUUAUGCUCCCAACAGAAAAACAUAUUUAAAAUUCCCUUAGAAGGUUGCAGACUUGGAUAUAUUUUGUCUCCUUACCACUUUUCUGUUGUUUUGUACAUGAUCACUAUUUUGUAAUCCAAUCUAUUUUUUUUUACUGUAGAUGUAUCAAUUCUUUGUUGUUUCCCCUAUACAUUUAACAUAUUUAGCCCAAAUUGAGUUUUCCUGUGGGAGUGCAAGAACUACUUACAUAAUUUGACUUUAUUUAUUUCAUGUGCAUCUUUUGGUUAAAUUUGUCGCCAGAAAAACAAUUUUUUAUAUUGGCUUUGUGAGAGUCACCAUGUCCUCCUUUUUCAGUGAUAAGGCUUUUGUGUUCUCUCUCUCGUAAAAUUUCUGAUUUUUUUUUUUUUUUAAUAAACUGAAAUGUUUUAUCACCAGGGCUCGACAAAUUGCUAUAUCUACUUGCCCGUGGCGAGAAGAUUUCAGCCGGUUGCCCUGUUCACCGGCACUGUGCGCAUGUGCAGUACUGGUUUGGCGCAUGCGCGGUGUGGGGCUGGCAAGUAGAUCUCGCCGCAGUUCGUUGAGCCCUGUUUAUCACACUUACUAAAGUUUGAGAAAACAGAAAGGUGGUACAACAUGCACAUGAUUUAAAUACAUAUGAAUGCAUGGAUAAUGCAGAAUACAGGAAUCACCCAUGUUCUUUUUAUUCUAAUGUAAUAUUAUUUAUUUAGCGAUGUCAGUGUCCAUAGGUUCAAAAACAAACUACAGAACGUGAUCACGAAGUAUAUAAUAAUAGUAAAUCUUUUCUAUUCUCAUUUUAUAAGUUCGAUUAUAAUGUAACGAUCCAUUUGGAUUUUUAAGUGUACAGAGUGGAAAAUGAAAGUUUAGUCCAUUAAUCAAUUCAUAAAGUUUGUGGGUUAUUUAACAUUUACAGUAUGAUCUUAAUUCAUUUAUUGUACAAACAUUUUGCUUAAUGUUAAUGGAUUUUAGGUAAGCUGUACUUGUUAUUAACCCUAGAAUACACGUCAGUGCUGUUUUCACAGUUCUCCUAUGUUACGGUGUGAGAUGACAAACCAAGAAAGCCAUUGAAAUAUCUGAUAUUUAGCAAACUUGUCAGGGGUUUACUUUACACAGAUUCCAAAUUAAAUGUAAAUGUUUUCUAGUGCUUUCAUGUUUAUAGUUAUUUUAUGCCUAAACAAUAACUCAUUUUAUUAAACUAUUUGUUUUGUGCUGUGAGAGUUUGCUUCUUGGCUGAGCAAAACUGCAUUUUUAGGUCAGUACUAGAAAAUGUACAUGGCAUUGCUCAGGCCCGUAACUCACUUCUUUGGGUUUUUAGAAAAUAAAAUGAAAAAGUAUGU